AUAAAAUAUGCAAUAAAAAAUUGUUAAUUGCACAGUCUCGGGACACGAAAAUCAAUAAAUUUAGUCUCUUUGUUUAAAUCUUCAAUGUACUUUCAGAUCUGCUUCCUGCUAAUUAUGCAAAUAGGAAUAACAUAGAGAUCAUGAUAAAGAUCUUAAAGAACUUAACUUAGUGGAGCAAUAAAUCGCCUCUAUAGAAGCUGCCUAACUGAAUAUGAUUUCGGUCUUAAGAAGGAUGGAAUAUGAGAUUUAAACAGCCAUCAAGAAUAUCAAUCAUUCAGUUCAAACAUUAAUUGCUCCGAUAGAAAAUUAUAGAAAAACAGUUAGUAAUCACACUAUCGAAGAUCUCGGCUAAUUUUUCAAAAAGAUUCAUUCUUUUAAUUACCCUGUAAGAGUUUGUAUUAAUGAAAUAGGAGUAAGUAGGAAGACUGUCCCAGAUUCUGAAUUCUCUUUAUAAAUUAAAUUCAUUCGAAGAUUAAGGAAAAAGCAACCCUGUAUAAACAGUCGUAUAACCAAACACAACCAAAUAAAAUGAAUCAAAACAAUAUUUCGAUAAAGGUUUAAUUAACUUAUAUAUAAUUUAGGUUUUGAGUUAUGUACACAGGGGUAAUUUAAUGAGGCUAUCAAGUUAUUUGAUAAAUCGCUUGAGAUUUCCUCGACCAACAUUGAAGCCAUAUUUUAUAAGGCUGAAGCUCUAAGAAAUACUGGAGCCUUUGAAAAAUCUAUUGCAGAAUAUGAUAGAUGCAUGAAAUUUGACUCGGAUGAAAAAUUGGAAUACAAUUUUGGAAAAGGUUAAAUUUACUUUUAAAUAUCAUAGGGGAAGCAUUAAGAGCUUUGGAAAGAUAUGAAGAUGCAAUAUUGUUAUUUGAUAGGGCAUUAAAAGUCAACAUCAAUCAUUUUAAUUCCCUCUUUGGCAAGGCUGAUUGUUUAAGAAUGCUGGGGAUGUUGGAAGAGUCACUUAAAUACUAUAACUUUGCAUUGAAAGAGAACCCAAAAGAUUUUACAUGUCUAAAAUUCAAAGCUGUUAUUAUGGAAGAAAUAGGUUUAGAUGACUUCUUAGAUUUUUAUAAAAUUGCUGCUCAAAUUGAUCCCAAUGAUGAGUAUAUUCAAACAAAAUUAUCUUUAUAUUCAUAAUGAAUUAAAUAAAUUUUAUUUUAAUAAAUUUAGUACUGUAAUUAUUAUCAAUUAGAUUAAAUGAAGAACAAAAACUUUUCAUUUUAAUAAUCAUGAAAAAUAAAAAAAACACACAUGAAACUUAGAACCAAACCUCAUCACAUAAAUCUGUCUAGAAUUGGCUUGAAUAAGCAUACAUAUAAAAUGUAAUGAAAUUAAAGAAAUUUCAAUAAUAAGAUAUCUCUAAAUUAAAUACUUAGACUGAAGAAAGUGAACCAUCAAAAUAUGCGUAAUCUUAAUAAUCAAAACGAAUAAUCCUAGAUUAAUGUCUAGAUUAAAGCAAUCCAAUUAGUAAUCCAAUAAGCAACCCCAUUAGCAAUCCAAUAAGUAAUCCAAUCAGCAAUCAAAUACAAGAAUAAGAUUCUAUUCAUAAAUUUUCAGAGUAAUCAUCAGAUUAUGGAGACAAGAAUAAGCAAACUCUUGAAUUAGUGCGUAUUAAUGAGAAAAAAAACUAAAAAAUACAAAGAAAAAAAUUAAAAUUUGAUUAAUUAAUUGAAGAAAAUAAUGAAAGUAUGCUAAAAUCUGAUAAACUUAAGGUUUAAGAUGAGUUAAACAAGUAUAUUUAAAUUGAGAAAUAAAUAAUACAGUAUUUAGCUAAGGUUCAUAAUAAAGUUGAAGAAUUGACAAAGUAAUUAUAAGGUUUUAAAUGA